CUGAGAGUUUUCUCUCUAAGAAAAAUUUUAAUUUGUAAUUCAACAUGAGAAUGCUUAAUCAAGACGAAGAAGCUGAUGUAGAAGUAACAUGGGAAGAUCAACAAAAAAUAAAUUCUUUUAGUAAAUUAAAUGCAAAAUAUUCUGAUUUCGAAUUAAAUUAUGAAUCAAAAAAGCAAGAAAAAGAAUAUCUUGAUGAUUUGACUGAAGAACUUGAAUUAGCUGACGAAGAUGAUCGUAUCAAAUAUAAAAUAGGAGAAGCAUUUAUUAGUAUUUCAGUAGAACAAGCUCAACAACGUAUAGAAAAAGAUAAAGAGAUUUUAAUACAAGAAUUAGAACAAAUUCAAAAUGAAAUGAAUAGUAUAAAUGAACAAAUGUCUCAAUUAAAAGUUCAUUUAUAUGGGAAAUUUGGUAAAGCCAUUAAUUUAGAAAAAGAAUAAAUAUAAAUAAGUAUAAAAAGAUGAAUUUAGCAUCAAUAAUUUUUGAUAAUAUAAAGGUAGAAUUGAGUAAAGUGAAUAUAGGUGGGAUGGAUAUGAAUUAUAAUGGAGUUGCAUUCUUUUUGUAUAAUAAUAAUUUUAUGACAAUAAAUUUAAUAAAUUCAAACUUCAAUAAUUUAUAAUAAUUUUUGAUAAUAAGGUAGCAUUGAAGUAGGAUGGGUAUGAAAUAUAGGUGUGAUGGAUAUGUAGUUGCAUUCUUUUGUAGUUGCAUUCUUUUUGUAUAAUA